GGAAGUCGACCCACGUGGAAAUCAGCUUCCUUUCACACACACACACUCACGAAGACAAAACAGAAGCGUCGUCUCUUCCGCAGCGGCAACAGCAGCAGCAGCAGCAGCAGCUCUUCCUCAAAACCCUAAACGUGUCUUCUGCCAACCGUUGCGUGCACGCUGCAAGAAACGUGAUCUCCAAGCGAUCUCUCCUCAGAAAUACUAAAAAAAAAAAAAAACCUAAAUUUGUUUUUUUCCUUCCUUGGAAAGCUUCUUUCGUUAGAUUCCGAAGGAGAUUAGGGUUAGGGUUUUGGAGGGAGGGAUGUUUGUAGUGGUGGUUGGAGAGGUGGGAGAGGAAGAUGGAGGGUGGUAAAAGAGGAGAGAAUGGAAGCUCCAGCGAGAGUCGGCCUCCCAACCCUCUCGCUGCGGCUUAUCGACAGUCUUUCAGCAGCAGCGGUAGCAGCAGCCGCAUCGCUGCCUCUUGCACGAAUUCCCUCGUUCGCCAUCCCUCUCUUGUGAGGAUGACGACAUCGGGUGUUUCCCUUGAGAUUGAAGAGGGUAGGGAAGGCUGCGAGACGGAGUUCAUCCCAAUUGUUCGUUCAGGGGGUUGGGCAGAUAUUGGGUUCCGACAAAGCAUGGAGGAUGUAUAUGUUUGUGUCGACAAUUUCAUGCAUGAUUAUGGGUUUAACAAUUUCGGUGAAGAACCCGGAGCCUUCUAUGGGGUAUUUGAUGGUCAUGGUGGAAAGCAUGCUGCCGACUUUGCUUGUGACAAUUUGCCUAGAUUCAUUGUAGAGGAUGAAGAUUUCCCAAGAGAGAUAGAGAGGGCGGUUGCCUCUGCCUUUCUGCGGACGGAUACUGCUUUUGCUGAAGCUUGCUCCAUGGAUGCAGAUCUUGCUUCUGGUACCACUGCACUGGCUGCCCUUGUUAUUGGAAGGUCGUUGUUGGUGGCAAAUGCUGGAGAUUGCCGGGCUGUGCUCUGCCGCCGGGGCAAGGCCAUUGAGAUGUCGAGGGACCACAAGCCGGUCUGCAUUAAAGAGAAGAAGCGGAUAGAAGCAUGCGGAGGGUACGUCUACGAUGGCUACCUCAACGGCCAACUCAAUGUUGCCCGGGCCCUUGGAGACUGGCACAUGGAGGGGCUGAAGGGGCAGGAUGGCGGGCCCCUAAGUGCAGAGCCAGAGCUGAUGAAGAUGGGGCUGACAGAAGAGGAUGAGUUCCUGAUAAUGGGAUGUGAUGGCAUCUGGGAGGUGUUCCGCAGCCAGAAUGCGGUGGAUUUUGCCCGUAGGAAGCUGCAGGAGCACAAUGAUCCCGUGAUGUGUUGCAAAGAGCUGGUGGAUGAGGCACUGAAGAGGAAGAGCACCGAUAAUCUGGCUGUUGUUGUGGUGUGCUUCCAGUCAAAGCCACCGCCAAAUUUGGUUGCACCAAGGGGGCGGGUGCAGCGAAGCAUUUCUGCUGAGGGCCUGAAAGAGUUGCAGGGCUUCUUGGAUAGUUUGGAGAUCUGAUAGGUGUUGGUGGUGACCCAGUUUUACAGGGGGGUCUAUUUUUUUUUUUUUUUUGCCCUUUUUCUUUUCCUUUUUUGGGUGGGUGUUGGUUUGGAUGUUCUGACCAUCUUCUUCUUCUUCUUUUCCCUCGCUCUCUCGCUGUCUGUCGGUGAGGUGGCAGUGUAGGUUUAACUGGUGAGAGUAGAUCACUGAGAGAUGGGUCUUCUAACUGUAACAUAUGCGGCUGCUUUUACACCAUUUGCAACUUAUUUUCUUUUCCCAUCUGUUUC